AUGAACGGUAGCAUGAUGCCGCACCUUUUUGCCCAAGUUAACAAUGAGAUAUCCGCCAUGGCAGGUGAUGCAGGACCGAUCUGCCGGAAGGCUUCGAUUGCCCCUCUUCCUUGCUCAUCUGCCAUGUUCGCAGAAUCUCCCCAGUCAGUCGACUUGGGCCUGAAGGACGUGGAUUGCCAACAUCGGUCAACUGGUCGAAGAAACAGGGCUUCCGAAUGCAUUUUGACCCAUGCCUGCCUCAAGACCCGGCUCAGGCGAGCAUAA